CUAAUUUAGUUACAUAAUAUUUUUUCGAAAGAGUCCAAACGCGAUAAUCCCAGCAGCUGUCUUAUUAUUUACCAACAGCAGCAAGCCUUUGCUUUAGAUACUUCAGAUUAACCAGAAAUAUCCGUCAUAAAGUUAAAUUACCAUAAACCUUAUUUUCGAUUACUUGCAGUUGAGGGACAAUACCUGUACGCAGGUGUUUAUAUAACCUAAACUAAGUUUUCUAAACAAUGGACACAACAGCGGUGGAAUCGAAGCACUUGUUACACAGCGGCUACUUUCAUCCGGUUUUGCGGCGAUGGCAAUCACCGAACGUCGAUAUAACGCCCGAGAGCUUGAUGUACCCGAUUUUCGUGCUAGAUGAACCUGAUGCAGUCACCGAAAUCAAGAGUAUGCCAGGGAUCAAUAGAUAUGGGGUAAAUAAGCUGAAGGGUUUGCUGGAGCCCAUGAUUGCCAAAGGAUUGAAGUCUGUUUUGUUGUUUGGUGUUGCAAAUAAUUUGCAAAAGGACAAAGUUGGAAGUGGUGCCGACUGCCCGAGAAAUCCUAUUGUUACAGCAGUACCUUUGUUAAGGAUAUGGUUUCCCGAUUUGAUAAUUGCGUGCGAUGUGUGUCUAUGUCCGUACACUAAUCACGGCCACUGUGGAAUUUUAAAUGACGAUGGCACAAUCAAUAAUACACCGAGUAUCAAGCGCAUUGCAGAAGUUGCUGUUGCCUAUGCUAAAGCCGGAGCUCAUAUAGUUGCCCCAUCUGACAUGAUGGAUGGUAGAAUUAAAGCUAUCAAAGUCGCUCUGGCCAAUGCUGGUUUGUCAAAUAAAGUGGCUGUUCUGUCUUAUGCUGUGAAGUUUGCAUCUGGUUUUUAUGGACCCUUUAGAGAUGCAUCCAAAUCCGCACCUCAAUUUGGUGAUAGACAGUGUUAUCAGUUGCCCUCUGGGAGCAAUGGUUUGGCAGCAAGAGCUGCAGCAAGAGAUGUUGAAGAAGGUGCUGACAUGUUAAUGGUAAAACCAGGCUUGGCAUACUUGGAUAUUGUAAGACAGACAAAAAAUGCACAUCCAGAAUAUCCCAUAUUCAUUUACCAAGUGUCUGGAGAAUACGCGAUGCUAUAUCAUGGAGCACAAAACGGGGCAAUCAAUUUAGAGGCUGUGUUAAAAGAGGUUCUGCUGUGCAUGAGAAGAGCUGCUUUAGAUUGCGUAUGGCUUAUUGUAGCCAUCGCAAACGCCAAGGAGGACAAGAAGGAGGAGACUGGAAUCGUCAUCGGUAUUGAUUUGGGAACAACAUACUCAUGCGUUGGUGUAUUCAAAAACGGUCGGGUCGAAAUCAUCGCCAAUGACCAGGGUAACCGUAUCACGCCCUCGUACGUCGCCUUCACCCAAGAGGGUGAGCGUCUGAUCGGCGAUGCCGCCAAGAACCAGUUGACUACGAACCCUCAAAACACCGUGUUCGACGCCAAGCGUCUGAUUGGUCGCGACUGGGAUGACGCCAACGUCCAGCGAGACAUCAAGUUCUUCCCCUUCAAGGUCAUCCAGAAGAACAAGAAGCCGCACAUCGAGAUCGAGACCAGCCAGGGCAUGAAGGUCUUUGCCCCGGAGGAGAUCUCCGCCAUGGUCUUGGGCAAAAUGAAGGAAGUCGCGGAAGCCUACUUGGGCAAAAAUGUCACCCACGCCGUUGUAACUGUACCCGCCUACUUCAACGACGCCCAAAGACAGGCCACCAAAGACGCCGGCACCAUAUCUGGCUUGAACGUCAUGAGAAUCAUCAACGAGCCCACCGCCGCGGCCAUCGCUUACGGUCUCGACAAGAAGGAAGGCGAGAAGAACGUUCUCGUCUUCGACUUGGGCGGUGGCACCUUCGACGUCAGCCUCCUCACGAUCGACAACGGAGUCUUUGAGGUCGUUGCCACCAAUGGAGACACCCAUCUCGGUGGGGAAGACUUCGAUCAGAGAGUAAUGGAGCACUUCAUAAAGCUGUACAAGAAGAAGAAGGGCAAGGACAUCCGGCAGGACAACCGAGCCGUGCAGAAGCUGCGUCGUGAGGUCGAGAAGGCCAAGAGGGGUCUGAGCUCCAGCCACCAGGUCAGGAUCGAAAUCGAGUCCUUCUUCGAAAAUGAGGACUUCUCCGAGACUCUGACCCGUGCUAAAUUCGAGGAGUUGAAUAUUGACUUCUUCCGAAGCACCCUGAAGCCGGUCCAGCGAGUCCUGGAGGACGCUGACAUGAACAAGAAGGACGUCGACGAGAUUGUGCUUGUCGGUGGUUCCACGCGUAUCCCCAAAGUCCAACAGCUUGUAAAAGAAUUCUUCAAUGGCAAAGAGCCGUCUCGAGGCAUCAACCCCGACGAAGCCGUCGCUUACGGUGCCGCCGUCCAGGCUGGAGUACUUUCCGGAGAACAAGACACCGACGCCAUCGUCCUUCUCGACGUCAACCCACUUACCAUGGGUAUCGAAACAGUUGGAGGUGUCAUGACCAAGCUCAUCCCCAGAAACACCGUGAUUCCGACCAAAAAAUCCCAGAUCUUCUCUACUGCCUCCGACAACCAGCACACCGUCACCAUUCAGGUCUUUGAGGGUGAACGCCCCAUGACCAAAGACAACCACUUGCUUGGCAAGUUUGAUCUCACUGGUAUUCCACCCGCGCCCCGAGGUAUUCCUCAGAUCGAAGUCACCUUCGAAAUCGACGCCAACGGUAUCCUUCAGGUGUCGGCCGAAGACAAGGGUACUGGUAAUCGGGAAAAGAUCGUCAUCACCAAUGACCAGAACAGACUGACGCCAGAAGACAUCGAGCGCAUGAUCAAGGACGCCGAGAAGUUCGCCGACGAGGACAAGAAGCUCAAGAAGCGCGUCGAGGCCCGUAACGAGCUCGAGUCGUAUGCCUACUCAGUAAAGAACCAACUCCAAGACAAGGAGAAACUUGGCUCGAAGGUCAGCGACGAUGACAAGACCAAAAUGGAGGAAGCUAUUGAUGAAAAAAUCAAAUGGCUUGAGAACAACCAAGAUGCUGAACCAGAGGAUUACCAGGAACAAAAGAAAGAACUCGAAAACAUAGUGCAGCCCAUCAUCACCAAGCUGUACGCCGGCCAAGCUCCACCACCCACUGGCGGUGAAGGAGGCGAAGAAGAGGAAGAUCUCAAGGAUGAACUAUAAUCCAAGGCCGAUCUUUAAGGACCUACAAAAGGCCAACAAUAGACUGAUAAAAAUUAUAAAUAUAAAUCUACUUCCUUUUUAGCCUAAGCAAACGGGACUCUCUUCGAAAAUAAAUGCUAUCCAGAGUUUUAUUGACCCGAGAGAUCGUAAGAAGACAAUUGACUGAUAUACAGUAUAACAGCUAGUUGCCCUAAUUAAAUGUAGGGCAAGUGCAAAUGUGUAUGUAAUAUAUAUCUCGAAAAUUUUUUAGAAAAAAAUUAAUCUAUAAGAGUUUAUCCUUAUAUUUAUGGUAAUACAGUUUUGUACAUAACUUAUUAUAAUACAUUUAUUACGGACAGAUAAACUCAUAAAGAUUAAUUUUUUCACUGUCUUCAAGUUUUAUUUGAAGCUUUUUUUAUCCAACAAUGAUUAUUACUACGGAUAUUUAUAAAAAACACAUUUUGCACACGCAUUUGUACUUUUCUUACAUUUAACCAGGUAAACAAAUUGUUGGAGUUUAUGGCGUCGAUUACUAAAUUUUUACCUCUCAUUGGGCCUUUACAACGCGGAGCAUUUUUUUUUUUUUUUUUUAAUUACUGCAUUUCGUACCCAUUUGCUUGGACUAUUUGGACAAAUACUUUAGAGACUAAUUGAUCAUUAGUCUAAGUGUGGGUCUGUGGCAGCGGGUCUCUUGUAAAUUGGAUGACCCAUCGCGAAGCCACACCACUCAAACUCGGGAAUUCCAAUGGUUCUGUGAUGGUAAAACGAGGUUUUGGGACGAUCGGUAUGUCGUUUGAGAAAAGUAGCGCGUCGAGACCUGCAAGAAAUUUUGUCAGCGAUGAUGAGGGAAAAACCUCGCGUCCUCGCAACGACUGUGAUGAUAUAGUCAUCUCCAUACACCGCGCACUUUUUUUUCAUCACAUACACCGUUGUACGGUAUUAAAACGUUAAACCGCUCGAUUUUCGAUCCCGACCACCGUGUAUGUGCGUACAGUAUAUUACGUGUACAGUACAAACAUACAUCGUAGGCCCUUUGCAUCUUCAGUUCAGGGAUUUUACCUGAGCUCUCGGAGAAAGAGGAUGUAAUAUAGGUACCUAGUUAUACUUAUUGCGCCAAUUGUACGAUUCAAGCAGUUAUUUAUAUACUAUAUUCGCAACUGCGUGCCUGUAAAACCGAUGGUUACUCUCGUUUCUGAUGCACGACAGUACUCUCAUGUUUUUCCGAGUUGCAAGUGAGAAAAAAAUGACAAUGGUACUACUCGAUCGUUUUGCCACUCGAUGUCUCUAUACGUGAAAUUACUAUCAUAAACAGAAAAUCUUUUCAAGUUGAAACGAGUUCAAUUUGUUUUUUAUUUUUAUCUUUAUAAAUGUCCAAGUACUGAAAAAAUAUUUAGUUUUCUAUAACGAAUGAGGUGCAUGACGCACACGGUUUGUCAAGGUACCUAGUAUGGUACAAUCUAAUAAUAAUCUUCCUAGAAAAAAAAUUUAUUCGUCUUUGACGGCAAACAGGAUGCAAUGGUAUGUCGUAGAUAUUCCUCGUGGCAAAUACGAUACAGAGUAAUACUAAAGUCAAACUCGAGUACAUGCUGCACUCGGCAAAAAUGUACACCGAUUUUGUAAUUACGUAUGUAACUGGGCCUUUGGCCCAUAGAUUCAAUGGAAAAAAAAAAAAAAAAGAUCUUUAGAUAGUUCAUAGAGUUCAUAAUUUACAAUUGUAAAAAUUUUAAAGCAUUUAAUAAUAAAUGUUUAUAAAUAAA